CUUGUCCUGCCGCAAAGAAAUCGGAAAGAGCUUGGAGUUAAAUUAAAUCUUCUCUAAUAAUGUUAAGACGAUAAAUCGCAAGGGAGAACUUUUGUUAUCAUGGGAAAAUCUUCGAAAGACAAGCGAGAUGCUUACUAUCGGCUUGCAAAAGAACAGGGCUGGCGUGCCCGUUCAGCAUUCAAACUUCUACAACUGGAUCAGGAGUUUGAUCUCUUCAGCGGGGUAUCACGCGUUGUUGAUUUGUGCGCCGCGCCAGGUUCAUGGUCCCAAGUGCUCUCCCGUGUGCUCAUCAAGGGCGAGACCUUCGGGCGCGAGGCUUGGGAAGACGAGGUCGCGCGCAACAGACAAGAAGUAUUCGGAAUCAAAAGUCAUCACGAGACUAAAUCGAACUUCAAACGUGAACCACGAGAAAACGUGCGGAUUGUAGCGAUUGACCUGCAACCGAUGAGUCCGCUGGAGGGAAUCACAACUAUUAAAGCCGACAUCACGCACCCAAGUACUGUGCCACUUCUCCUCAAAGCUCUCGAUCCAGAGACUUAUGAUCCUUCUGACAAAGAGGCCCAGAAUCGCGUAGACCUUGUACUCUCUGACGGAGCCCCGGAUGUAACAGGUCUGCAUGAUUUAGAUAUUUACGUUCAAUCACAGCUUCUCUUCGCUGCACUGAACCUCGCACUUUGCGUACUGAAACCUGGUGGGAAAUUUGUCGCAAAAAUUUUCAGAGCGAAGGAUGUGGACAUACUGUAUUAUCAGUUGAGACUCAUGUUUGAUAAGGUGACCAUAGCGAAGCCACGAAGCUCGAGGGCCAGCUCAAUCGAAGCAUUCGUGGUAUGCGAAGGCUUUCAUCCUCCGCAAGGUUUUCAGGCGAGUUUGGAAAACCCCUUAGGGCAGGGUUUGCCAUUCAGGCACGAGGAUGUCGCUGCAAAAAAGCAAAAGAAAAAGAAAUCCCUCCCGACUAGUGUCCGUGAAGACGGCGUAACUGUUCUUGAAAUGUCGUCAGAAGAAGAAGAAUUUGAUGAAGAUGGGGGUGAAAUCAACAAUAGAUGGAUAGCUCCUUUUCUUGCAUGUGGCGAUCUCAGUGCUUUCGACUCGGAUGCAACAUACAGGCUCCCGAAAGAUAGGAUAGUGCUCGAUCCAGUGCAGCCACCAACUGCGCCGCCAUAUAGGAGGGCACUAGAGCUGAGAAAACUAAGAGGUGGUGCAUAUGGGAAGACAAAACUAGGGAAUACAGCUGCCACGCAUAUUCCAUCUGCAAAUAUGGAUGCUUCGAUUAAGCAAGAGACAGAGAACAUUGAUGCUGAAGAAGUGUAUUGAACACAAAAAUAGAACCAAAGCCUCUACGCUUGGGCAGCCAUUACUGACGGUUGAAGUCAAAUGCCAGAUUUCCGAAAGACACUAGAAGCACACUUUGAGUAAAAAUUUGCCAUUAUGGUCCUUGCAGAGAACUUUAUUACUGCGACAGCUGUAAGGAUACUACGUCGAGAUUUGUAUAUUGAAACGUUUGGAUCUCGCCUCAAGCUAGACUAGAAUCAAAUCUGCGUUUACACCC